AUGAAGAGCAGAAAACUUUCCUCCUCCUCGUACGCAUCCUCCUUCUUUUCUUCCAUCGUCGUCAUCGUCAUCAUCAUCCUCGCGAUAUGUUGUUGUUCGACGACGAACUUUGCGAACGCGUUUUAUCUCCCCGGAGUUGCUCCUCAAGAUUUCGAGAGAGACGAUUUGGUCAAUCUGAAAGUGAACAGUUUAACAUCCAUGAAAUCGCACUUGCCGAGAGAUUAUUACACGGACUUACCUUUUUGUAAACCAAACGUGAUAAUGUCUUCGGCGGAGAACCUCGGGGAAGUUUUACGUGGCGAUCGCAUUUACAAUUCCAAGUAUCAAAUACAAAUGCGAACGGACGAGAGCUGUAAAGUGCUUUGCAAAAUCGAUCCGUUGUCGUCUGAGGACACGGAGAGGUUGAAAGCAAUCAUCGAGGACGAAUAUCGUGUGAAUAUGAUUUUAGACAACCUUCCCGUUGCCAUUGCGAAAGAGAACGUCGAUUCACAAACAGGCGAGGAGUACAAAACAUACGACAGAGGAUUCCCAGUCGGGUACCAGACCGAUGACGAUAUCUUCGUAAACAACCACGUCCGGUUUACUAUUCUUUUCCACAAAGACUUGGAAACGGAUUUAGUCAGAGUCGUUGGAUUUGAAGUUGAACCGAUGUCGAUUAAGCACGAAUACGACACGCGCAAAGAGUUCAACGAAGCGUAUCCGCGGUUGGAAACGUGCACGAAACAGCAAGGCGCGGAGGAUUUCUCCUCUUCUUCCGCCACCGUAUCGCCAUUUGAAAUCAAGAACGGAAACGACGGCAUGGUUUCGCCACAACCAUUGGUCGCAGGCGAGGAAAUUAUAUUCACGUACGACGUCAAAUUCAAAAUGAGUGACAUCCGUUGGGCAUCGCGAUGGGACACCUAUUUAAGCAUGCAAGAUCAACAAAUUCACUGGUUCUCUAUCGUCAACUCUGUCAUGAUUUUGCUUUUCCUUUCCGGCAUGGUUGCGGUGAUUAUGAUCCGAACCUUGCGACGUGAUAUCACGAAUUACAACCAACUGGACCAAAUACUUCUUGACGACGCAGCUAUGUCGCAAGAUGCAGAAGAGACUGGCUGGAAACUCGUGCACGGCGAUGUUUUUCGUCCACCAAAAAUGGCGGGGACUUUGGCCGUUUACGUAGGUUCCGGUGCGCAGUUAUUCGGCAUGUCUUUUGUUCUGAUGAUAUUCGCCGUGGCUGGCUUUCUAUCACCAGCGAAUCGUGGGAGCUUAAUGACCGCCAUGUUGCUCCUCUUUGUCUUGAUGGGAAUCGUCGGAGGCUAUGUCGCCGGUAGAUUUGCCAAGACGUUUCAAAUUUUAGCGUGGAAAUCCGUCACCAUCAGAACGGCGUUGAUGUUCCCGGGUGUAGCAGCGGUCAUUUUCUUCUGUUUGAACUUGUUAGUUUGGGGUCAGCGAUCGUCUGGAGCGGCACCCUUUGGUACGUUGCUCGCGUUAGUUUUCUUAUGGUUCGGCAUCUCAGUUCCGCUUGUCUUUGCGGGGUCGUACCUCGGAUACAAAAAGGACGCGGCGGAGUCGCCGGUGCGAACGAAUAAGAUUCCGAGACAAGUCCCACCGCAACCGUGGUUCAUUCGACACAAUUUCGCUGUAUUAGUUGGAGGCAUUUUACCGUUCGGCGCCGUGUUCAUCGAGCUCUUCUUUAUCCUGACGUCCAUGUGGUUGAACCAAGUGUAUUACAUUUUUGGCGUCUUGUUUAUAGUUUUCGCCAUCCUGUGCGUGACGUGCGCGGAAAUUGCAAUCGUCUUGUGUUACUUUCACUUGUGUGCGGAGGAUUACAGGUGGCAGUGGAGAUCGUUCUUUACGUGCGCGAGCUCGAGUUUAUACGUGUUCUUGUAUUCUGCGUACUAUUUUUACAUAAAUCUGGACAUUGAGAAAACGGUACCUUCAAUCAUGUACUUUUCGUACAUGGGUUUGUUGUCGUAUGGUUUCGGCAUUUUAACUGGAACGAUUGGAUUUAUGGCGUGUUACGUCUUCGUGCGGGUGAUUUACGGCGCCGUGAAGAUUGAUUAA